CAGUCGUAGUGAGGUCUGGCGCUGGUGGGAGGUCGGCUCGCGCGCUGUCGCUUCGUCAGUGCCGCGGGACUGGUGGAGGAUAACGGCGUCGUGUCUGCACCAUGCUCAAGCACGUGCACUCGUCAACAACCACCCUGUCUCCGUUCCGGUGCAUCAAGCCGCAAGCCAACGAUGCGCUGAGCCUCAACAGCAGCGUGAGCUUCGGCAGCGGAGGCGCCGAGCAGCUGUCGUCGCGGUCAUCGAGCACGAGCAGUCUGCACGAGGCGCUGCCGCCCAGGAAGAGGUCACCUAUCCGAUCCGGAGAAGAUGAGCUGACAAUGGUGAAGGUGUACGCGCGUGUGCUCUGCGCUGACAUGGAGUACAAGACGCUGAGCAUCGACGCGAACGCCUCCAGCUCCGACGUGGUGCGGCUGCUGCUGAGCAAGUUCAAGAUGAAGCACCGGGACCCGAAUCUUUUCUACCUCACCAUGGAGGUGUGGGUGCGCAAAACGGGCAUCCCCAUUCGAACCAUCAUGGUUCUGGACGACGAGGCGCGGCCUGUGGAGCUGCAGUCGUGUCACCCCAAGGGCGAUUCCAAAUUUCUCCUUCAAAUGAGGCGAGGAGGCCUGGUCAAAGUUUACGACAGCUGUUUAAUGGCAGGUUCCCUGUACAAGAGCCUGCUGGUAUCAGAACGGACGACAGCGGAAGAAGUGGUUCAGCUUGUCCUUCACUGCUACAACUCCAGUGACCGAGGAUCCAAGUACUCUCUCUACGAAGUGUGCCCCAUCAAAAAUUAUGAAAGAGCGCUCCACUCAAAUGAGCUUCCCCUGAGGAUCCAACAGAACUGGCCAUCUCCAGAGCAUUUUGCCUUCCACCUCAGACGGAAUCAGGAGGGCAUACAUCAGAAACGCCAGCUACCUUGGACAUGCCAAACAGACAUGACUGGUCAUCUCAACUUUCGCCUCAACGUUUCAAGGAAUGAGUUAAGUCCGGCAGCUAUUCAUUCGCCUACAUUGAAGCCAUCGUACAACAACUACGAGAACUGCUUUUACAUCUGAAAUUCAGUAGUGUGGUGUAUCGUCAUGAGAAAAGCGAAAUGCAUGCUCGUUGGAACGUGGUGACCCACAUGAGAUGUGUGGAAGCAGCAAAUGUCACGUGCUUUUUCACCAAAUGUGUGCUUUGGCCAACAUUGUUGAUUCUGUUGAAAUGUGCACAAGAAAUCAUUUCACAUAUGUAGUCUAUGGCACCUGUCCGCAAGUCCAAAAGGCAUGGCAGACAUUAUUUCUGUACCAACCUGUCUGUGUCCAUCAUGCUGCAGAGAGAGAGCAUUGAAUAUUCUCAUCUUCCACGACUCUAAUAAGUGCACAUUCUUUGAGGUGCAAGAUUUUUGUACUGAAUGCUAUGUGUAGGCACAAGGGCUGUCUCACGUGUAAAUCGGUUCCAAAACUUAAAACUGUGCUUCCUGAAUAUGUUUGGAGGGAGAGUGGGACCACUGUUGUCGGUGGUUUUCUUCAUCAUAGCAGUACAGCAUUCUUUUUCAUUGUGCAGAUUGAAAUGUAGAUGUGUGCAAUUAAUUCUCUGACGGCAUGGUCUGCUGUUUGAAGAUGUUCAUUUUGCUUGUAUAAUAUCAUUGACCAAAGACCUAUGCAAAGCACUCUGGUAAAAGGUUACAUUUAAUGGUUCAGUGGCAGGUUGCUCAGUGUAACAGUGAAAAGAAUUGUCAUUCGUACUUUACAAGUUUUCACAAACAAGUAAAUAGGAACAUCUCUGGCUGCCACAUGGCCACAUUGACAUAUAUGCCAGUGAAUGAUGCAUCUCCAGAAAUGUUUGCUCACGAUUGCCAGAGCAUAUAUAUAUAUAUAUAUAUAUAUAUAGUUUUUAUCACAUUCAUGUAAUAUAUCACACAGUGUCUUGAUGGCUUUGUAGAUAAAAGAAAAUUGCAAAUAAGGGUCACACAUUACUCAAUCCACAGGUCAUCAUGCAUGUCAUCAGUGCCUAACAUACUAGUCAUGCAAGAAAGCGAUAAUAAUGAUGACUUGACACAGUGUGAAUUUCAGCACUUUGUAACAUGCUGUUGUAUUUGCUUUUCAACAGAUUUUGUUUCAGCAGGUGCCAGAAUGGCGCUCUCAGAAAAGGGUUUGAAUAUGCGUAUUUUCUUUCGCUGUGGUUGUUUACUUGCAGGUAAUUGUAUGCUUGUGAGCUACAGUUGUCAAAUGUUUAUUACAGAACCUAAAAACAUCAAAAAGCAGGAAUUAGAAGGCUUCCUGCUUUUAUACAAAUUAGCUUUUCAUGUAAAGUAGCUGUGAUUUCUUAUUUUCUUAUUACCAUUUGUAUUUGGCUUGGACAUUUAGUAAAACACAAGAAAUAAUGAAGUCCUUGAUAAUUUCUUGUGAAAAUUUGUGUCCCAUGUACUGCUAUGGCACUGCUUCAGUUGUCUGUACUUCACAGGAUGGCAUUGCCUUGUAUUUUCUAAACAAGUCGCAAACCCAUAAAAGUAACCACUCUUCCUUAUCACAAAAGUCUCCAAAGCUACUUGACAAUGGGAAAUGGGACGCCUUUUAAUAACUUUCAUUAAUGAAAAUUGUUGUACUACCCUCCAUCAAACAGAGAUGAAGAACAAUGUUUUAUUAUUAAAAUAACCAGCCCAAGCUUCACUGUAAAGCAUUUGACUAUGGGGAGCACUCUUGAUCUAUUUCAUCCGAAUAUUGAUAGUCGUAUACAUGUAUGCAGUUUUCACGUUAGCGAGCUGUGAGGCUCAAGGUAACUAUUCCGGUGUUCUUUACAUUUGUUUUUUCUGCAUCUGUGAUUUUGGAAGCAAAAAGUUCAAUAAGCAUGGGCUCUUCAUUCUAAAGUCAGACCUCACUCAAGCUUUGAGCAUGCAAGCAAACUGGCCCUUUGAACUCUGUUAUCUGGCAUAUCAGCGAAGUUUGGCCACACAGCAAUUAAUUGCCUGCAUACUUUUAGCUCAAUUUGCGUAUGUUGUUACAGUAUCCAUAUGCCAAUUCACUGUCCAAGCAGUGCAUGCCUUUAAGGCAUGUAAAAAAAGAAAGCUGCAGCAUUUCACAUUAUCAAAUUUCUGCAUAUAUGUACACACUAUGUUUACACUUGAGUUUGGACCUUCUGACAGUUUGCUUCGAUUAUGACGGAAAAAAUAUCAAUUUUUUGCAUUUGACUCAUUAAGAACGUGCGUGCAUAUGCAGCAGCCGCUCUAGGGCCUUGCAGUUUCUCAUACAGUGUGUAUUGCCUGCUACCGCAAAAUAUGUGUAAUAUGCUGUAAGGUGCUUGUGCAUAUGUGGAUGAAACGCAAUGCUGUAAUUAUAUUGUUGUGUAUUGUGUUUAGGUUUCAUAUGCAAGGAUGCCAUAUCAAUGACCUUUACAGCAAUUGAAAUAACCACUUCUUGAUGUCUUGCAAUUGCAAAAGCCAUGGCACAUUUAUUCCGGACACAGUUAUCUGCAUUUGCUACCCUAGAUCCCAGCCCUGCACACAGGGGCCUAAGUGAUCUUGAUUUGUUUGUUGCAUUGAUGGCAUUUUUGAUAUUGACGGUGUUUUCACGAGUCGUUACACUUUACUCAUCUGAUUUUGUACAGGGAAGGAAUGUGAAGUACGAAGCUGAAUAUAUAUUGCAAUGUUCUAUUUAAUUCUAUUUUUGAGGCACAUUACAAUGACCAAAGCAGAGUAUAGACUAUUUUAUUUCUGUACAUACAUAUUAUUGUAAAAUACAGCAACAAUAAAAUUAUUGUUUCUAUGAAAA